AUGGAGCCGGUGGCGACGUCGAAUGACACCACCCCGUUCGCCGCCGCGACGGCGGCGACCUUCGCCGCCGAGGAGGCGUCGACGCGGCGCGUCGCCAACCGCAUCAUCCGCGCCCUCCAGCACCAGCUCCGGCUGCUGCACCGCGCGGGGGCGGAGUUCUUCGUGCUCGGCGCCACGGGGAACGUGUACACGGUGACGCUGUCCACGACUCCGGCGUGCACGUGCCCGGACCCCGCCGUGCCCUGCAAGCACAUCCUCUUCGUGCUCCUCCGCGUCCUCGGCCUCUCCCUCGACGAGGCUUGCGUCUGGAGGCAGACGCUGCGCCCGUGCCAGGUCGCGCGGCUCGUCGGCACGCCCACGUACCCGGACGUGCUCGCCGGCGCGCGCGCCAGGGAGAGGUUCCACCAGCUCUGGUCGGCCCGGCCGCCGGCCGCCAAGGCCGCCGACGGCCGGCAGGAAGCGUCGUCGGGGAGGCCGCUCGACGGCGCGGCCUGCCCGGUGUGCCUCGAGGAGAUGGCGCCGGCGCCGCAGGGCGGCGGGCCUGCCACCGCGCAGCAGGCGGUCCUGACGUGCAGGACGUGCCGGAACGCCGUGCACGCCGAGUGCUUCGCGCGGUGGAAGCGCAGCCGCGCGCGGCGGGCGGCGACGUGCGUCGUGUGCCGCUCGCGGUGGAGGCAGCCGAAAAGGGAGCAGGAGGAGGAGCAGUACAUGAACCUCGCCGCCUACAUGAACGACGCCGACGGCGACGUGACGAUGCAGAGCGCCGACGGCGGGCUGUGCGCCGGGUAG